CGCGCGGCGGUGUCUCCUGCUCCUCAGUCACGGCUCCGGCUCGGCCUCCCCGCUCCGCCAUGUCGGCGCCCGGCAGCGGCGGCGAGUUCGGGAACCCGCUGCGGAAGUUCAAGCUGGUCUUCCUGGGCGAGCAGAGCGUUGGGAAAACCUCUCUGAUCACCAGGUUUAUGUAUGACAGUUUCGACAAUACUUACCAGGCAACCAUUGGAAUUGAUUUCCUGUCAAAAACAAUGUAUCUUGAAGAUCGCACGAUCAGGCUGCAGCUGUGGGAUACAGCCGGCCAGGAGAGGUUCCGCAGCCUCAUUCCCAGCUACAUCCGUGACUCUGCUGUGGCUGUCAUUGUCUUUGACAUUACAACAGGUUCGGCUGCAGCUUUGGGACACAGCAGGCCAGGAGCGGUUCCGCAGUCUCAUUCCCAGCUACAUCCGCGACUCCACCAUUGCUGUGGUAGUCUAUGACAUUACAAACUUGAAUUCUUUCCAGCAAACCUCCAAGUGGAUUGAUGAUGUUCGAACAGAGAGAGGAAGUGAUGUCAUCAUCAUGUUGGUGGGGAAUAAAACUGAUCUGGCAGACAAGAGGCAAAUCACUACAGAAGAAGGUGAACAAAGAGCCAAAGAGCUGAAUGUGAUGUUUAUUGAGACCAGUGCAAAGACUGGAUACAAUGUGAAACAGCUUUUCCGUCGUGUGGCUGCUGCUUUACCUGGGAUGGACAGCACACCAGAGAAGAGCAAAGAAGACAUGAUUGACAUCAAACUAGAGAAACCUCCUGAGCAGCCAGUAACGGAGAGCGGUUGCUCCUGCUAACAGGCCCAUCGUGUAGCAGCACAUUCCCCAACCGGCCAGUCUCACUGAAGAACAUCACUGCUCAUUGGCUAGGCAAACCUACUUCGUGGGCUGAAAAACCAAUCUACUAAGCAAGUGAACUCCCUGUUUACUGGUGGGGAGCAGCCCCGGCCGCCCCUCUUACUGCAUGGUAUGAGCCCUGAGUGCAGAAUGAGUGUCCUGUCUUUUAUUUUUAUUUUUUUAUGUUGUUGCACUUUGGCACUGUAGUGCCCUUUACACACUCUCUGUCUCUUUCUCUCUCUUUCUCUCUCUCUCUUUCUCUGUUUCUCUCUCUCUCUCUCUCUCUCUCUCUCUCUCUCUCUCUUCCUCUCUCUUCCCUCUCCCCACUUUGAGCCCCUCUGCUCAGAUAUACCUUUUUGUGAAUGCAAUGAAAAAGCCACCAAGUUAGGGAAAACAAAAGCAAAGUUUGGGGGUGGGCUUUCCCCCUUCCUCAUUGCCUUGCAUCUUAACUACUUCCCUGUCCACUCCAGCCAUGUCUUUCUGUCCUACAUCCCUACUUCCUCUUUUUAAAGGCUACUCCUUUUAAACUAGUCACAGUUUGACUUGGCCUUGCCUUUUUUUUGACAGUGCAGGUGAUCUAUUUCUAGACUUUGCUUCCUGCAGGGCGCACACAAUACUAGCUGCUCAGUUUCUCCUCUCUGCGGAUGGUCUUGGCUAACUCUUGCUCAUCACUUCUAAGGUUUGCCCUACACUCAGCCCCUUAUGUGACACAAAACACUGGAAACCCCUCAACUCUGAUAGCUUGGGCCUUGUUGCUCCCAUUCCUGUGGCAGAGACAUCGCACAGAUUGCUCUCUUCAGUUGGAAUUUCUUCCCAUCUUCCUUGAGGCUGUUGGUGCUUGGUGAAUGUUGGCUGUCAGGUAUGGGGAAAGGAGAGGGUGCGGAGGCCUUGCAGCAUGAGGUUGAGUGGAAAGAGAUCCUCGGAGCGGUUUGUGGGGACCUGGGUCCUUUCUGUUGAUAGCAAAGGCAAACAAUCCCCUAGAAUUCCUCACUAGUGGCAAUAUCUGCCGUGGGCGUCAUUGGUGCUGUUCAGGUUCCUUUCCUGGUCUGUCUUCUGUUCCUCUUCACCUAGGCUGGGAAUUUCUUCACAUGAAGCAGGAGAGCUACAGCAGAUUGAAUGUCAGUGACAGCUGUUUUACUUUCCUAUCCAGGUUGCUACUUAAUGAAAUCAUAUACUACGUCGUAGCUACUUGCUUCUGGUAGUAGACUGGGGGGGAGCAUGUAGUAGCAGUUUCACUUUUGGAAUAGUGUUAAAGCUGUAACAUUGCCAAAACUGAGAUGAGUAGUGACAUGGGUUUAUUAUCAGACCUGGGGGUAGAGGAAUGUACACUGUUGAAGUGACUUUUGUAGUCAUUUCUGAACCUCUGAGUUUCAGGAAUACUUUCAUCUUUCCCCUGCUCUACACCCCUUGUUUCUAACUACUUUAACAGAGCUCUUCAGAAACUGUAGUGGAGGUCUUGUCCAUCUUUCCCAUCCAGAAGUCAAUAGGUUUGUCCAUUGACAGGAGAAAAAAAUAGGUAAGAUGGUUCUAAGCCGUUCACUGCUCUUCUGAUCACCUGGCCUGUGUCAUGCUGGCAGGGGAAUCCUGGUGGGAUGAGAAGGGGCAGCGCAGUGUGAAGGGUGCAAACCGGGGCUACAGCGUCUGGUAGGUUAAUGACAUUCCCCUCGCAGGAGGCCUUGUCGGUCAGUGACGUCUGUGUGUGCACUUUGAAGCCUGCAGAGCUUGCAGAGCAGGGAAGGAACCGUCGCUCUUGUAAUGACCUGGCGCCUGGCGGUCCUUGCUGGAGGAGCAUCCUGCUCACGUGGUGCCAGAGCUGCUCUCCGGCCGCGGUGACUUAUUUGCUGCAAGUUACUUAGCUGCAGGUGACUUACCUCGUGUUCCCGAGAGCCUUGUCCCUUCCUCUCCAUGUGAGCUGGCCUGCAGGAGGAAGCUGGGAUGUUUCCCAUUUCACUCUGGAGUGUCCCCCCUUCUCGCCCCAGAUAGUUGGCGUAGUUGGAGCCCUCUGAACCUCACAGCGGUGGGAAGUUCAGUCCCCUCCUCUGUACAUACUCCCUGUUGUGUGGGAAUUGCUGAUGUUCUGUCAGUGUGUCUGUGUCUGCCGUAGAACAGGUUUUGCUGUCCCCUUCUCACAGGCAGAUGUGCCCUGCCACUGCUGUCGUAUUGUUCGGAGUCACUGGACUUUGGUGGGAGGGAAGUGGGGGGGAGGGGAGACCUUAAGUCAUGGGGGGGGUAACUAGUGAAACGAAAUAGUUCACUUCCCACUGUCUUCUCUAUGGAUGUGUAUAAUAUUGAGUGUGUGUCUCUGGCCCCGCUGUCUCCUAGCUGUUAGCCAAGUAAGUGUGACUAUUAAUAUGAAUAUGGACUGUCUGACCACAGCCGUGUAUCACACUAAAUAAAGUUAUUUCACCAA